AUGGCGAGCAAGAGAGUAAGCUGCAGGUGGUGCCGAAUGGAAUGUGUGGUGCCACUCGAGGCUCAGAGCCUCUACUGCCUCAACUGCCGCGGCUCCACGGUGCUGGAACAAAGAUACAACUAUCCAGCAAAUGGUAUUGUACCACAGCAGCUUAGUGCUCCCUCUCAUGCCUACGGACGUAAACGAGCCGUGCUGUGUGGCAUCACCUACAAUGGGGAUUCGCGGCCUCUUCAGGGAUGUGUCAACGACGUCCUGUCCAUGAAGAGGCUUCUUAUCCAGAGGUUCCGCUUUCCCAUCUCCAGCAUCCUCGUCCUAACAGAGGAGGAAGUGGACUACAUGAGGUGUUUUCCUACGAAGAGGAACAUCCGUAACGCGCUGAGAUGGCUGGUUGAAGGCAGCCGGGCAGGGGAUUCACUUGUGUUCCACUACUCAGGGCACGGGACACAAGUGAGGGACAGCGAUGGGGACGAGGUAGAUGGAUAUGAUGAAGCCCUAAUGCCGGUUGACUACAACAGAGAGGGAUAUAUAGUGGAUGAUGAACUGAAUGCAACCAUUGUUAGGCCGUUGCCGAGAGGGGCAACCCUUCAUGCCAUCACUGACGCUUGCUCCAGUGGCACCCUUUUAGAUCUCCCAAAUGUUUGCAAAAUCAAAAGACAAAAGUACUACGAAUGGAGGUAUCAUGAUCCCCCUAAUGGCGUCGCCUACAGAGGCACGAGUGGUGGUUUGGCCAUUGCUUUCAGCGCCUGUAAUGAUAAUCAGAGCUCCUUAGAUACAACUGCUUUCGCCAGAUAUGCAACGGGGGUGCUUACUCACAGCUUUGUCCAGACACUGGAGCAAGAGGAGAGGCUAAGCUAUGGGCAGCUGCUGCUUGCCCUGCACAACACAAUAGGGGCUGCACGACAGGCUACUGGUGCCAACUCAUAUGACCCCGAAUCAACACAGGAACCUCGACUCUCUUCUUCCCACGAGUUUGACAUUCAGACAUGGACUUUCACUUUAUAGAGAUGGAUGGCCUGCAUAUAAAGAACUAAAUAAGUUACUGCUUUUUUUGACAAGCUGAAAUAAAAGUACUCCCCAGCAAGCCUGUUAUCACUGUAAUCAGGGACGAAGCCAAUUCAUUAUAAUAUAUUACUAUACAUUUUUAUUAAUAACAAUCAUUUAAUCUAGCGGAGGAUUUGCUCAUCUGUAUCAUUGCACGAGAUCGUGUGUUGGAAUAUACUUAUGUCACUAUUGUAAA